AUGGCUGGAAUCGCCUUCGGCCGCUUCGAUGACUCCUUCAGCGGCGCCUCUAUCAAGGCUUACAUCGCGGAGUUCAUCUCCACGCUUCUCUUCGUCUUCGCCGGAGUAGGAUCGGCCAUAGCCUACGGUUGGGUUCCCGCGUUGCACUCGUGGAGCGGUCUGACUUUUGUUUCUUGGGUGGUGAUUCUGGCUGAAGACGUUGACCAUGUGCAGGGAAGUUGACUUCGGACGCGGCCCUCGACCCCGCCGGACUAGUGGCCGUGGCGGUUACCCAUGGGUUCGCUCUGUUCGUCGCUGUUGCAGUCGGCGCCAACAUUUCCGGUGGUCACGUCAACCCCGCCGUCACCUUCGGCCUGGCCCUCGGCGGGCAAAUCACCAUCCUUACCGGUAUCUUCUACUGGGUUGCACAGCUCGUUGGCGCCAUCGUUGCCUCGCUGCUCCUGAAGCUGGUCACCGGCGGCCUGGUAAGCGAGAAACCAUCGAACACAGUCUCGGCCAGUUCCAGCACCAUAGCGCUUCGUCUCACUGCUCGCUCGUGCAGGCUAUCCCGACCCACUCGCUGGGGUCCGGAGUAGGAGCCCUGGAGGGUGUCGUGCUCGAGAUCGUCAUCACCUUCGGUCUCGUGUACACCGUCUACGCCACCGCAGUGGAUCCCAAGAAGGGUUCAGUGGGCACCAUCGCCCCCAUCGCCAUCGGUUUCAUCGUCGGUGCUAACAUCCUCGCCGCCGGGCCCUUCUCCGGUGGAUCCAUGAACCCCGCUCGCUCUUUCGGACCCGCCGUCGUCAGCGGCGACUUUUCAGGGCACUGGAUCUACUGGGUGGGCCCUCUUAUCGGCGGCGGCUUGGCUGGCCUCGUCUACACCUACGCCUACCUGUCCUCGGAGCAUGCACCACUCGCGAGCGACUUCUAG